AUGCGACUAUUUUUGCUGAUUAUUUUUCCAACUAUAAUAUUUGCUUAUUUUGACCCUUCAGCUUAUUCUCAAUCAUUGAACAAUGUUUUGAGAAAAUCCGAGAAAAAAGCAGAUAUUGAAAAUUUUUGUAGUAAUCUCGGAUUUUUUAAAAGUGAGUUUUUUACUGGGGUGGACUCAAAAACUGGACUUUCUGUUUCAAGUUUAGAAUUUGCCACGUGGCAUUUUUUUUUUUUGAAAUUUUUUGGCGUCCAAAAAUUUAAUUGCGAAAUUUUUCUCUCAAAAUUUGCCACGUGGAAUUUUGAAAAGUUCUGCAUAAAAAAUUUCAGAAAAAAUUAUUUCAAUUUUUCAGAUCAAAGUGGACGAGUUUGUAGUUGGUAUCACAAAAAAACAUUCGGAAGAAAAUGGGAAAAAUGUGAUAUUCUAAUUGGCGAUAUUAUUUUGGAAAAUGAAAAAGAUAUUGUGAUAUUUCAAAAAUCGAAAAUAAUGGGAAUUUAUGGAAGUUUGAUAAUUCGCAAUAUACAUAUUUCAAUAAUCGAUCUUGAUCAUUUGAAAAUCGUUGGAUGUGAAGGAAAAGAAGAGGCAACAAUUCUUAUCGAAAAUAUUGAUCAUUUAGAACAUCUUUUGAUUUAUAAUCUGAAAUCAUUGAUAAAAUCAACUGUAAGUUAAGUUUUCUUGUUAUUUUGGUCAUUUUUUGAUCAAACACAGAAUAUCUAUAUUUCCUAUCUUCUUCUUCUUUUUUCGGUUGUUUUUCUGUUUUUUAUCAAACCAGACUACAACAGAACAAUGUGAUUUUUACAGGAAAAUCAAAAAGUGUUCAUUGUUCGGAAUUGUACGAAUUUAUCAUUGCAAUAUGUAUUGAGGAAGAAAAUUCAGAAUGCAGCUGGAAAUAAUUCAGAUCUGGUUGUUUUCAAUACAAAUCAAACUGUUAUUCGUGUGAAAUCAGUACUUCAUGAGGAUUUGACGCCAGCAUUUAUUGCAAGUCUUCUUUUAUUUUUUGCAUUUAUUUGGCAUUUUUAUGGAGUUGAGAUAAGAGUUCUUCGAUUGAAGGUUAGUUUCACCAAAAAUAUUCCUCAAACUACGGUAGUCUCUGGGAUUCCCAAAUUGGUCUGAUUGAACUGUGUUAUAGAUAUUUUCUCUCUCAAUAUGAGAAACAGAGAAAAAAGAAGAUAGUGUAUCUGUUUCUAUCAGUAAAAGGGCGACAAAAGUUUGCACCCAAGUUUUCGAACUGUUGACGUCAAUGCGCUUCGCGCUUGUGUAGCGGAUUCUAUUCGGAAUCAGAAUACUGUCCACGUGAAACCGAAAAAUAUCACGGGAGAUCAUGAUUCAUUUUGAAGUAUUUUAGGAAAGAGAAGAUGUAAUAAUUCAAAAUUUGAUCAAAAUGCGGAAUACUGUAUUGGCUUCGGAAUUGUUGGUUCAAACUCCGUCGACUGUGAAAUUGAAAUUCGAUCAGCCGGUUUUGAAGACAAGUUCGAGGAAUAAGCAUUUGGUUCAACUUAUUGAAAAACGAUUGAAAGAUAUGUGA